AUGGGUGAUGAUGAGGCCAACGGCGCUGGUGCGCCACCCGCCGCGGCGGUGCGCGUGCUGGCCGUGUCGCGCAUCGCGCCGGUGGAGCGCGCGGUUGCCGACCCCGUCGUCAAGCUGUCCUUCUUCGACACGCCAUGGGUCGUGCUGCCGCCCAUCCAGCGUGUGUUUCUGUACGAGCUUCCCGGGGGCGACGACGCCGACUUCCGGGCGGUGGUGGCGCGCCUCAAAAACUCCCUCGCCGCCACGCUGGCAGUGUACCUGGCCGGGAAGCUGGCGUACGUCGCCGACACUGGGGACGUGGUUGUGGACUGCGCCGACGACCCCGGCGUGGCCUUCGUCGAGGCGGAGGCGGAGGCUAAUGGCGCCGGUAUGAAGGCGAUGGACGUCCGCCGGCUCGCGGGUGACGAGGCGCGCGACAUACCGGCGUUCCGGGCGCUAGUGCCGGAACUCCCCACCAAGGUGCUCCCGGCGCCCGUGCUGUCCGUGCAGGCCACGCGGAAAUCCGGCGGCCUCGCGCUCGGCCUCUCCGUGCACCACGCCGUCGCCGACGGCCAGGUUCAUGGGCGCCUGGGCGUCCGCUGCCCGAGAGGGCUCGUCCGUCACCAAGUCCCUCGUCACGCCGCACUACAGCCGGAAGGCCGUCCACGUCCCCAACGGCGACGAGUUCGCGCGCCAGAUGCUGAAGAUGGUCGCGCCCAACCUGCCCGUGGUCGCACCAAAAUUGCCUGGGGUUACGCCAGCACCGUGGCGGAGUGCGACUCGGGCAUCAGCCAGCGCUUCCGCCUGGCGCGCCGGUCAUUCUACCUCACCGGCGACGACAUCCGGGCGCUCAAGCGCCGCAUCGACGCGCUUUCCGCUGCGGAGGACGACGUCGUGGACUGUAGUAACAGCAGAACCACCAAAAAGAAGUCGGUGUCGACGUUUGUGGCGCUGUCGGCGCUGGGGUGGACGGCGUUCGUGCGGUCCAAGGGCCUGACCACCGGUGACGACACGUACCUCUUGUUCAUGGCCGACCUGCGUGCGCGCCUGGACCCGCCCGUGGGGGACGGCUACCUGGGCAACUGCGUCAAGGGCUGCCUCGCGACGGCGGACGCCGGAGACUUGCAGGGCGAGCGCGGUCUGCUGGGCGCGUGUCGCGCGAUCCAGGCGGCCGUGGCUAAGGUGGAGGCGGCGCCGCUGGCCGGCACGGAGCGGUGGAUCGAACAGGUGAAGGGGUCGCCGUCCUCGCGGCGGGCCAACGUGGCGGCCAGCCCGCGGUUCCGCGUGUACGAGGCGUCCGACUUCGGGUUCGGCCGCCCCGCCCGCGUGGAGCUCGUGUCCAUGAACUGCGACGGAGAGAUGGUGCUCGUCGGCCGGAGGGACGACGGCGAGGUGCAGCUGUCCGUGUCGCUGGACCCCACGCGCAUGGAGGAGUUCAAGGCGCACGUCUUCGCCUCCGCGCCGUCGUUGGCACCCUGA